AGUGAUGACAGUGAAGAGGGCAAGAGGUUGCAUCAUUCAUCAGGUGUUCGGAACAGCUGGGAGGGCUGGUUUGAGAAGGAUAAAACAACUGUCUGAUGGGGAGUUCAAUCUGUUCCCUCCCCCCUGAUGGACAGCACAGAGGGCCCUCCGCUCUGCUUCCCCAACCUCAACUCCUCCUGCAGACGUCUGCUGCGCCCUCGCUCUGACACUGCUCUGCUCUACACCCUGCUGGCCUUCGUCUCUCUGCUCACUGUGACUCUCAACCUGCUCGUCAUCAUCUCCAUCUCCCACUUCCGGCAGCUCCACACCCCGACCAACACCCUGCUCCUGUCUCUGGCUGUGUCCGACCUGGUGGUGGGGCUGCUGGGGAUGCCCAUCGAGGGCCUGCGCUACAUGGAGACGUGCUGGCUGCUGGGGAGGCUGCUGUGUGCUCUAACUCCUUAUGUUUCUUACUGCAUGCUCUCUGCCUCUGUGGGCAACAUGGUGCUCAUAUCCAUAGACCGUUAUCUGGCUAUCUGUGACCCACUGCUCUAUUCCUCUAAGAUCACCCUGCACAGAGUUCAAAUAUCAAUCUGUUUAUGCUGGGCCUGCUCUCUUCUCUACAACGGGUGUAUCCUAAUGGGACACUUAGGGCAGCCAGACAGGUUCAGCUCCUGCCACGGGGAGUGUGUGGUGGUCAUCAGCCACACCUCAGGAACUGUUGAUCUCUUUUUUACAUUUGUCGGGCCCUGUACUGUCAUGGUUGUUCUCUAUAUGAGGGUGUUUGUGGUUGCCAUCUCUCAGAUGCGUGUCAUUCGGCUGCAGACUGCUGCUACCGCUGGCACUGCAGCUCCAACAGCUAAAAAAUCAGAGAGGAAGGCAGCCAGGACUCUUGGCAUUGUGAUAGCUGUGUUUCUAUUGUGCUUCUGCCCGUAUUACUAUCCCGCUCUAGCAGGUGAAGACACCUCCACGAGCUUGUCAUACUUUGCAGUGUUGUCUUGGAUCAUGUUGUUGAACUCCUGUGCAAACCCUCUGAUUUAUGCUCUGUUCUACCCCUGGUUUAGAAAAGCUAUCAAACUCAUCUUCACCCUCAGGAUACUGCAGCCUCACUCCCAGGAGUUCAAGAUCCUGUAGAUUAAAUCAGCAGUGCUUGGUCCCUUUUCAGUACAAAUGAAACAUGCUGUCUGUAACACCUGUGUAUAUGUGAGUGUGUGAGUGUGUGCUGUCUGGCCAGACUCACCGUGUAUUCAGUAUACCAGUGGCCUCAGCUGCAGAGUUUCUCGUUUCAUCACACAUACUGCAGAAAAACAUUUCUGCACAUAAAAUGAAUGAAAAAUAUUGAAACAUAA